AUGCCGGCGAAAGUGAAGGACGACGUGAUUGUGGAAAUAGACCCUGCCACCGUUUACUUUACCUUUUCUCGUAUUCGUCCCACGUUUUCAUGUGGCCGCACAAUUGCCAGCACACUCGAUCAGUUUCUUCGUUGUGAAGUGGCACCCAACGAUCUGCCGCUGCUGUGUGUCCUGACAGACAAGGCGGGUCGGUGCUACAGCCUCAACAAUCGUCGUCUCUAUUUGUACAAGGAACUGAAAGAACGCGGUGUUCUGGAAACGGUGCCAGCGCGGCUGCGGCAAAUGCCUGACACGCGGCGGAUGCGUGAAAAGUACACGCCGGAGAAGUGUGCGCUGCGCGCGACGCUGAAGCGUGAAGGUCACGCAGCGACAGCGUCCCAAGAGCAGAGAGACGAUAGCGGCCAGGAUGAGGCUGAAGAACGAACGGAGGGAGAAGAGGGAAAAAAGGAUGGAGGGAAGACUUUCACGAUGGCGCCCCCGACCCUUUUGGGGUGGCAGGAGGCCGCAAAAGCCAGAAGGAAACGAAAUGGCGGUCGGGCAACGACGCUGGAGGAGGAGCUCCUUGAAUUGGGCGUUUAA